AUGACAGCCAGCCAGAUCCAGACGCCAGUUCCCGAAGAUGACAUUGCGUCGACCCUCAGUCACGACGACGGCGACGGCGAAGGCGAAGAUGAGGGCGAGGGCGGCGGUUUCAGUAGUGAAGAGCCCACCUCUGCCUCCGCUCCUGCGAACGGCUCGGCUCAACCCCCGAGGAAGCGCAAGCGGGUCAAAUACGACAAGACAUCAUGCGAGCUCUGCAAAGCCAGGAAGGUGAAGUGCGAUCGCGCCGAGCCGGCCUGCUCCUGGUGCGCCCGCCAUAAUCGGACGUGUGUCUACCUUGAGAGGCAGAAGCCCGGUAGUCGUGUCGGCUUCAGCCUCGAACUCGAGGCCAAGGUCAACAAGAUUGACGCCCUCCUCCAGGCACUGGGCCGCAGGGUAGAGGAUCACAUCGCCAGCGACCAUGGCGGCACUCCUUCGGCCCCAUUUGGAGCUCCUGCUUCGUCGUCUGCCGGCGGCGAUCGAACGUCGGUUCAGUCCCUCCUGAACCUGUCUGCCAGCGACGCCGCCCUUGGACAGCAGAGGGUUCCGUACUCGUUAUCUUCCAGCCGCGACCUACCGCCUCACGACAUCGUCUAUGCCCUCGUCGACCUCUACUUCAAACACUGCAACACCUGGUGUCCCAUUCUCGACCGCAAGACCACCUUCGGCACCUUCUUCGGCUCGACCUCGCUCGGUGAAGCCGACCGGGUCCUCCUCCACUCCAUCGUCGCCACCACCCUGCGGUUUUCCCAAGACCCCCGCUUGUCGCCCGCCCUGAAGGCGCACUACCACGCCAUCUCGAAACAGACCGUCCAGGUCUAUGCCUUGGACCGCGUCAGCGUCGAGGCCCUCAGGCCUCUAGUGAUCUUGUGCCUCGACGAGCUCGGCACCUCCAACGGCCCCCGCGCCUGGAAUCUGUUGGCCAUCGCCGCGCAGAACGUUCGCCAGCUCGAUCUCUGCCAGGAGAGCAGCGUCUUCCUGUCAGCCGGCGACAUACCGCAGGCCGGCUCCCUGAGGAGAGUCGUCAGCGCCCCUCCCGACUCGUGGAUCGAGGACGAAGGCCGUCGACGUCUCUGCUGGAUGGUGUAUCUCCUCGACCGGUACGCCACCAUCUCGACCACCGCCUUCGAUUUCCUGCUCGACGAUGCCAAGAUGAAGCGCUGCCUCCCUUGCUCCUACGACCUGUUCUCCCGGAACGUCCCCGUGGAGACGCGGUCGUGGAGCUGGUCCGAGGAGCUGGGUGCCGCCACGUACGAGCUCGACCACCCCGCCCACCUCGGAAGCUUCUCCUACCACUGCGAGAUCCUCCGCAUCGCCAGCCGCGUCCACGCGUUUCUCCGAGACCCGGUAGAUCUCACGUCGUCUGCCGCCAUGAGCCGUUGGCGGAACACGUACCGCAGCCUCGACCGCGCCCUCGACGUCUGGCUGCAGAGCCUGCCCAGCGAAUACAGCAAGAUCUCGGCCCUGUGCCACUCGGACCCGGCCAGCCGCGUCGCCAACUGGUUCAUCCUGCACAGCGCCUUCGUCGCCGCCGUGGUUCGCCUGCAUUCCACCGCCGCCUACCCCAUCGUCCGUUCGGACGUCUUUGUGCCGUCCCACUACGCCAUGCAGCGGUGCCUGUCGGCGGUGAAAAGCCUGGGGGACAUCGCCCAGGAUGUCCUGGACGCCAACGCCAUCGACUUGCUCGGCCCGCCUUUUGCCUUUUCUCUGUGGGUGGCGGGCAGGCUUCUCCUCGUCCAUGCUGCCACCGUCGAGUGCCCCGUCGACCCGCGGAUCGACUUUUUCAUCGCCACUUUGCAGCAUGUUGGCAGGUACUGGGAAGUGGCGAACAACUAUGCGGACAUCCUGGCACGCGUUGUGCUCCGUGGCCGGCAGGGUGACGUGUCAUUUACUGCCAUGCGAAAGAGCGCCCACGAUCUCGUUAGCUUGACGGCCUCGACGCGCAAGUCCGGUGCUGAACCGACCUCCACGCAACCGAAAUCUUUGGGCGAGCUCGACGCUCUUGACGUGUUCGAAUUCUUCCACUACCCCAAGAUCGCGGAGCCUGCUUCUGUCGGGAGUCAAACCAACGAUGUCGGUCUCGGUCGCGAGCCGUCGUGCAACGCUACCGGCGGGCCUCCUGACGCCGAGUCGGACUGGCUGGGCUACAGCCUCCAGAGGACCUGA